CGCGUGUGCAGAGGAGCUUUGCGGGAACAUGGUUGGUGCACGACUCGGAUGAGAUGGUCCUACAGCGCUAUGGAGCCGAGCAGAGCCGUAUUUAUGUGGAUCUGCGCACUCUGGUGCUGUCUCCCGUUGCUGAGCGUAAGCGCGGAGAUGGAGCGCAUUGGUCACCAGAAUACAGUGCACUGGACAGAUGUGCAGUCAUGCUCUGGCAGCCUUAGUCCUCAGGGCUUCUACACUGGGUCAAUGUCAGUUACAGAGGCUGGUGUGCCCUGCCUUCGGUGGACAGAAUUCCCUGAUUACAUGCAGCAGUAUCCAGAGGGUGGCCUUGGAGAGCACACACAUUGCAGGAAUCCAGACAGAGAGCUGCGGCCCUGGUGCUUUUAUCGUCAGAAGUCUGGUGCUAUCAGCUGGGCCUACUGUGACUGCAACUAUGGAGCCGCUCGACUUGUAGGAGGUCCCUCCAGUAACAGAGGGCGUUUGGAGGUCUACUUCAGUGGCCAGUGGGGGGCUGUGUGUGACACACACUGGACUGAUGGGGAUGCUAGUGUGGUCUGCAGACAGCUGGGGCUUGGUGAGUUUGGAAAGGCCCUAUUUGACUCGUCUUUUGGCCUAAGCUCCAUCUUACACUAUGAGCGCCUGGGUUGCCAUGGUAAUGAGAGAUCCUUGGUGGAAUGUCAAAGUCAGAAGUUUGUCUCAGGCGACUGUAACCAUGGAAACUACGCAAGGAUGACUUGUGCUGAGCCUAAAGAUAGCCUCCCUGUGAGACUAGUGGGUGGACAGGAGUAUUUCCAGGGGCGAGUGGAGGUGUACCAUGACGGGCUCUGGGGCACAGUCUGUGAUGAUGAGUGGGAUGAUACUGAUGCUGAGGUGGUGUGCAGGCAGCUGGGCAUUGGGGGCGUAGCAAAAGCAUGGAUGGGAGCCCAUUUUGGCCAUGGCUUUGGUCCAGUUUACCUUGCUGAUGUUCGCUGCACUGGGAAUGAGUUUGCACUGGAGCAGUGUCCUCAGAGCAGGUGGGGGCUACACAAUUGUGAGCACACACAAGACGCUGGAGUGUCCUGUAACCCCUACACAGAUGGUGCUGUUCGUCUGGUGGGGGGAGAUGGACCAUGGGAGGGCCGUGUAGAGAUCUACUCAGAGGGGCACUGGGGAACAGUGUGUGAUGAUAACUGGACCGAACUAAAUACACAGGUGGUGUGUAGACAGCUAGGUUUCAGUCGUCAGGUGGAAGGAACACCAGAAGGAUCAUAUGAAGAGAGUCAUGGGCUGAUCCUGCUGGAUGAGGUGGAAUGUAAAGGCACAGAGUACAGUCUGUUGGCUUGUUCCCACUCUGCCCUGGGCCAACAUGACUGCACCCACAGUGAAGACGUAGCAGUGCGUUGUCAAAGGCCCAUUGGCACCCAUAGUCCUCCUGCUACCUACAGGUCAAUCCUGGCCAGCACUCCGGUGCGGCUUGUGGCUGGGGAGAGCCCAAAGGAAGGCAGAGUGGAGGUGUUUAUGAAUGGCCAGUGGGGUACUGUAUGUGACGAUGGAUGGGAUGACAUCAAUGCUGCUGUGGUGUGCAGACAGCUGGGUUUUAAGGGUACAGCUAAGGCUCGGUCCAUGGCCUACUUCGGGCCAGGCCAGGGUCCCAUCCACUUGGACAAUGUCCGAUGCUCAGGGGUGGAAAUGUCACUGGGACAGUGUCAGUCUGACGAUCAAGGGGGGCACAACUGUCACCACAGUGAGGAUGCUGGGGUCAUUUGCCAAUAUACUCUGGAGCCAUUUCAAGACAGUAAGAUGUCGCUUCACAUGUGUGGUCAAAGUCUGAGCAAAAAACGCCGCCUUCGACGCAUUAUUGGGGGUACCAAGUCCCUCAGGGGCGAAUGGCCAUGGCAGGUCUCCCUGUGGCUCAGGUCCCAGUCUAAAGGGACCCAUCCUCUGUGUGGGGCUUCCCUAAUCAACUCAUGUUGGGCCCUUUCUGCUGCCCACUGCUUCAAGAGGUUUGGCACUGAUCCUAGCCGAUAUUUGUUGCGCCUUGGCGACUAUCACACUCAGGAACAAGACGACUUUGAGCGCACCCUAAGCCCUGAACGCAUCGUCAUCCACAGAAAGUACCAAAGCCAUGCCUGGGACUAUGACAUUGCUCUUGUACGACUCAAAGGCAUUGAGGGCAGUUGUGUGGCAUUCAACCCUCACACUAGUGCUGUGUGUUUGCCAGAAUUCAGCCAUAAGUGGGUCACGAGAUCUGUCUCCUGUAUCAUCACUGGCUGGGGAUUCACAGACUCUGAGUACUCUCGGACUCUGAAGCAGGCCUGGGUUCCUCUCCUUCCCUCUUGGAAGUGCAAGAAGCGGUAUGGAGCCCGUUUCACCAGUCGGAUGAUAUGUGCAGGGAGCCUGUCUGAACAGCGGCGUGUGGACAGUUGUCAGGGGGACAGUGGCGGGCCCCUGGUUUGUCAGCAUGGGGGGGGGCACUGGGUUCUCACUGGAGUCAUCUCGUGGGGCCAUGGCUGUGGGAAUCCUGCCUUUCCUGGGGUAUACACCCGGGUGAGUAGGUUUUUGCGCUGGAUUGACAAUGUAGUCAACAAGCCCUAAAUCUAUAUCUGAAAAUAAGCCACAUCUAUUCCAGUAGCUCAUCAUUAAGAGGAAUAAAUAAUCGACUAAUGUAAAGAGCUUUCGGUGCCUUGGUUGGCAUGGUGAUCCCACUUGGUAGAAGCUGGAGACUUCAGGCACUUAAAACUAUAUAUUUUUUAAAUACUUUAUAUUGAUGUCCAAUAUAUAUAAGAACAGUGAACUGUUGUAAGCCUACCUGUUUUGAACAGAGGCAUAAAGAUUUUGUGUCUAUAUUAAUGACAGCAAAUACUGCAGUUUAUCUUAAAUAAUUAGAAUUAUUAUUUAUGCUAUGUGUUGUUAUUAUUUCACUUUUCAUUUAUCAUGCCGGUAACCUCUGUCUGACAUUCAGAUUGAUUUUUUUAAGGAUAAAUCAAUUAACUACUAUU